AUGGUGUAUGAAUUUACAAUUGUCUCAAAAUAUUGUGUAGUCCAUGCUAAUGUAGAUGCUGAACCAAGAAGAGAACAUGAAAACAAUAUAGAACUAAAAAAAGAUCAACCAAAAGCUUUAGAACAAUCAAAAAAUAAUAACCAAAAAAGAGAAGAAGUAAAAAAUACAAGUUCUCCAUCAGAAUAUGCAGAUUGUAAAAUCAAAUGUGGUAAAAUUAAAGAAUAUCAAUUAAAAAAUGAUUGUAGAAUAGAUUGUAUCGGAAGAUUCGGUUAA